UUAAUUUAACUGUAGUUUCCACAGCAAAAACAAAUCUGAUAAAUGAUGAAUACAAUAAAAAAAUCACUACAGUUUAUUCCGUACAUUCUGAAUAAUUCUACAAGGUUUAAUUCAUUUUCUAGUGCGAUUUCUUUGAAAACUCUUUAUCCAUCUAGCAGCCUACGCUUGACCCAUGUAUCUAAGCCCCCAGAAAGUGAUAAUGAAUUCAAUGGCUACAUUCCAUUAGACAAAUUGGAUAUAUCAUACAGUAGAAGUUCUGGACCAGGUGGUCAGAAUGUAAAUAAAGUCAAUACGAAAGUAGACGUUCGUUUCAAUGUUAAAUCUGCCUCUUGGUUGAACGACAAUAUCAAAAUGAAAUUAUUAGAGAAGUGUAAAAAUCAAAUAACUAAGGAUGGUUGUUUGGUAUUUCGAUCCGAUUUAACACGUUACCAGCAAAUGAAUUUAGCAGAUUGUUUGGCUAAAAUCAGGGCACUGAUAAGGAACUCUUUAGAGGUUCAAUCAGUACCCACUCAAGAAACAAUAGAUAGAAUCCGAAAGAGGCAAGAAAAGAAUAAUAGAGAAAGGUUAGCACUUAAAAGAAUGAGGUCACAGAUAAAGAACGAAAGGAGUCAAAAUAUAAUUGUUGAGUAGA